CCUGAGCUCAACGUGUUGAGGAAUACGCCCAUAACCUAAAUAUUUUUUCUAUCCAGAAAAAUCUGCUGAGUGUUUUUAAAACAUGGAAUUAGAAAAGGAAUAUAUUUACAAUAAUAUAAUAUAUAAAAUCGUUGCAACGAAAGAUGUGCACAACAGUUUACAGAACGAUCCAAACUUUUUUACGACAUAUUUUGCCGAAAAUAUGUCCUCACUAGAAGCAAUAUGCGUUUCAGAAGAAAAAGUUUCAGUAUUUACGUGGACAAAGCAAGCAACGAAAUUGUUCUUGCAAGUAUAUUUUGAGAGAAAAGAGCAGUUCCGCGAUCCCAAAGUACAAAAGAAAAGUUUAUGGACACAAAUAUGCAACAUAAUGUCAAAUGAAGGUUACAAUGUAGAUGAAGAUACAUUAGACAGAAAGAUGCGCAAUUUGAAAAAGACAUAUCGUACAAUAAAAGAUAAUAAUAAGAAAAGUAGUACUGGAAGAGGUCGCAUAUGUUGGGAAUAUUAUGAUACUUUUGAAGAGAUAUUUAGAAAUGAUGCAACUAUAAAUCAUGGACCAACAUUAUCUUCAAUGCAAUCCACAUCAAUAAAUGCAAAAUCAAUUCCAUCCACGUCAAGAGUUACAAAUUCAGUGCCAUCCACGUCAAGAGUUACAAAUUCAGUGCCAUUCACAUCAACAGAUGCAAAUUCAAUGCCAUCCACGUCAAUAGAUGAAAACUCAAUGCCAUCCACGUCAAUAGAUGAAAACUCAAUGUCGUUCAUAUCAAAUGAACAAAUCAAGUUUUUUGAAACUAAUGAUCAGAUAAUAAAUCCAACGCAAAGUAAAAUAUCAUCUGCAGUCAUUGGACUAUCAUCAUCAGAGUCACAAUCGCCAAGUACAGAUAAAGAAAACAAAAGAAGUAGGAUGAAGACGCUAUCGUUAAUGCGAAAAAAACAAUUUGAUGUAGAAAACAGUAGAAUAGAAGAAAUAAAGAGACUAAAAGAGGCGAUGGAUAAUAGUAAUACAUUACAAAAAGAAAGUAACAGUAUACUUAAAGAACGAAAUGAUUUAUUAAAAGAUAUUCUCUUGGAAAUGAAACGAAAGAAGACGGAAAAAGAAAAAUAA